AUGCAAACAAAAGGAAAUCCCCCCCCCAAAAGUCUUUCUGAAUUUGUGAUUGAAGUUCUAGACCCCUUCACCUCAGGUGGAGCAAAGAAAGCUAAGUCAGACUGUCUAGCCAAACGCAAUAAAAGAAAAACUCCAGGUGGUGACUUGAAUCUUGAUGAACUAGAAAGAGAUCUCGCGAGCACUCUUUUUGAAGCUGAGACCCUCGACAAGUUCCGAGAGACCAUUGCAAAGCAUCCAAAAGGAACUUUCCACUUCGAAUACGGAUGUGCAACCUUUCAUUACAGGGAGUUGGACGAUGGGAUCUCGUCAACUGAAAAGGGUGCUAGCCCCCAGGGCCCCGUUCAAGUGAUCCCCGAAGAAGAAGAAACCAGUUCCAAACCCACAGACAACAAGGGAGAUCCCAUGGUGGAACUGCACUUGCGGAUUCAAAAGCUGGAGGAGUCUCUUGGCAUGUCAGAUAAAGGUACGGAUGAGGAGAGAUCAACGUUUUUGGACCGCAUGGAGUUCCUUGAGGCGGAAUUUAAGCGCCUGCAGUGCGCUCAAGAGGAAAUCAAACGAUCCACUUUGGAACUGAAGGAGAAGCUCCAUGAGCAGCCUUCCACACCUUUCUGGAACAUUGACCUGGCCGACUAG